AUGUCAUUAACAUUGAUUCCUCAAAAACCGAUUUCGCGGGGGAGGAAAAAUUCAUUCCCACACUUAGACAUAUUUGGAGUAUCAUUGACUUCAGCUUGCCCUAACACUAUUCGACCAAACCGCCCUUUUCUCCUUCGUUCUCUGCCUCCGACAAAAACCAUCCUCCUCUUCGUUCUCCGCCUCCGACCACAACCCUCCUCCUCGUCUCCGUUCUCCAGCUACAAUCACAACCCUACCCUCCUCGUCCUCCUCCUUUUCCGCCUCGGACCAGCUCCUCUGCUCGAAGACGGUGAAGAGAAUCAGCCUCUUCGUUCUCCCCAUCCGACAAAAACCAUCCUCCUCUUCGUUCUCCGCCUCCGACCACAACCCUCCGCCUCGUCUUCGUUCUCCAGCUACAAUCACAACCCGACCCGCCUCGUCCUCUUCCUUUUCCGCCUCGGACCAGCUCCUCUGCUCGAAGACGGUGAAGAGAAUCAGAGAUGGAGGCCGGGCUUUUGGAGAAAAUUUGAGCUUUUUGUCUUAGGAUUUGUGUUUCAUCUACCGAAGCUUUGUGGGCUGCAUUCGAGCUUUCUGGGCAUUCAUGUUCUGAGCUUUCUGGGAAUUCUCCAUAUCUGGAGAACAUGGUUGCGAAGGUUAUUAAGCGGUGACAUGGUUUUGGGAUUGGUUGUAGCUAAUGUUGCUGUUUUUCUUUUAUGGAGGAUAGCAGACCCUAUAUUCAUGUACAAGAAUUUUACUAUCUCAUUAAACAAUUUUACAAGUGGACGUCUUCACACAUUGAUAACUUCUGCAUUUAGUCACGUUGAUAUUGGGCAUAUCAUUUCUAACAUGAUUGGACUGUAUUUUUUUGGGAUCAAUGUAAGCUCCACUUUUGGGCCUGAGUUUUUGCUGAAGUUGUAUCUAGCUGGAGCUAUUGGUGGCUCAGUCUUUUACUUGGUGCACCAUGCCUUCCUGGCUGCAUCAUUGAAGAAUCAACCAUUUGGGAUUAUGGACGCUUCUAAGGCCCUAAUAUUGGGGGCAAGCGGUGCUGUUAAUGGCAUCAUGUUGCUUGAUAUAUUCCUUCACCCCACAGCUACCCUCUACUUUGAUUUUAUCAUACCAGUUCCUGCCAUGCUACUGGGAAUCUUUCUAAUUGGAAAGGAUAUCUUAAGAAUAAUGGAGGGAAACAGUCAGAUCUCAGGAUCUGCACACUGGGGUGGUGCGGCAGCAGCAGCCAUAGCCUGGGCAAGACUUCGAAAGGGGCGUGGUUUAUUCUAGAUGAGUCUGCAGAUUACUUAGCCAGCAUUUUGUAGAUGUUAUGUGUAGGAGAUACAUGAAGGAGAUUAUAAAUGAUGACACGUUUUCGUUUCCGACUAAGGUAUAUGCAUUAUAGUUGAUAUAAACUUUUGUUUAAUUAUAAAUAGCGCGUUUACCUGAUGAUUAUGACUUACAUUAUGAAAUACAUUCCUAGUGGGCAACAAAGACUCGGAAAGGAUACACCCAACAGCAACUUGACAAGGUGCGCAUUGAGGUGGCUGACUAUUUGCAGACUUUGCUAUAGAUGAUGACUAGCAAAGUGAUUUUCAGUAAGGCUAGCUAGAUUUUUUGCGAACAAAACUACAUGUACACUUAUUGCAAUGGUAUGUUUUAGGCUAGCCUUGAAGUAGGUUGGGGUCUUUUUGCCCAUUUUUUG